UUACACAUGCUGGGCGCGCUGGAGGGUUGCCGUGGAGCCGUGGAGAAGUGGGCAGCGAGCGGGUUGGGAUGCCCUAUUCAUACUACAGCAGGUUGAGAUUUAUUGCCACCACUAGGGCGUGUAUGAGAAACAAGGCGUGCAGCUCCUGCGCCCCUGCCAGCCAUGGACGUGGACCCGCUGUGCAUAAUUAUAGUGAAGAAUGGGAGCAGAGGAGACAGGCUGCUGUUCCGAUACCCCUACACUGACGAGGUGACGCUGGAAACCAAGAUAAAAGACAAGCGGCCAACACCAUACUCCCUGAUCACUGAGGAAAGCAUUCAGACUCCUCCUGAGCCGCACACUUCAAACAUUUCCAAUGGCAAACUUGUUGGCUUUCAUGACAAGACAUUGUCAAACCUCUUUGCUGUUAAGAGUGAAUUAAGCGACAGUAAGUUUGAGCUGAAGGUAAAUGAUGUGAGGUUUGUGGGUCACCCACUGCGCCUCAACCCAGCCUUAGUCCGAGCCCCAACUCAGGGCAAGAGGAAGCCUUCCACUAUCAUUCUUGUCAACAUUGUCUUUGCUCUGAAGGCAACUAUUAACCAUGAUGUUGUCAAUUGCUACCAUGAUCUCAGUAAACGGCUGGGCAUUGCUUUACGCCAUGAAGAAUAUCGUUGUCAGUUCCUGUCUUCUCAAGCCAAAAUAAUGCUUGCAGCUCAUGAUGAGGCUACUCAGCUCCCAGAAGAUGGUCAAGUCUCACCCUUCCAGCUUAUCCUGGAUCGCAGUCUUCUGGCCCAACACCUCAAGCAAACUUAUGAUGAGUUAUGUGGUUCAGGUAUUGUUCAGCUCCGACUUAACAACUGGAUUGAAGUUAGUUUCUGUUUGCCACAGAAAGUGCACCGCAGCUUAGCAACAGGACUGCCAGUUGAUUGUGAGGGUUUACUAAAAGGACUGAAAGCCUUGAAGCCUUACCACACCUUCUUGCUGUUAGUUGAACGUGCAGAGCUGCUGCACUCUCUCUCCCCUGAUGCCUCCCCAGCCCUGUGGAGACUACUUCAUGUAGAGGAGUCCCAUCUCACUCCAUUCUUUACAUUGGCAGCAGAUGCUGACCUGACCCUCACUCAGGUCUUCAUGUUGGUGGGUCAUCUGGUGUACUGGGGCAAGGCAACAAUCAUCUACCCAGUGUGCAGCACAAAUAUGUAUGUGCUCUCUCCCCAUGCACUAACUGUUAUAAACAGCCAGUUGGCCGAUGCCUUCCGUGAUGAAUUCCCGGGAGCUUCACUUCAUGUCAUGUUAGCAGAUUUUUCUCUUCCAACAUCACUGAGUGACAAAUGUCAUCCAAUAAAUUCACCCAUUCAGCAGCAAGAGCAAGUGCAGCAAAUACUGUGGCUGCUAAAGCAUGGUUUGCUGCAGCAGCUGCACACCUAUGUUUACUUGGCACCCACCCUUACCCUGGAUACUGACAACUCAAGAGGAAGCAGCCGAGAGAUUGGCGGGACAGGGCCUCUGGGGAGUCAUGGCACCAGUUCUCCAGCCAGCACCAGCAUCCCCACCCCAACAGUGCAUGAGCCUCCACCUCUCUCUCAGGAACCUGUCUCACUGAUCUCCCAGCCACCACCUGGCCACCACCCUGACAUAACUCAGGACGCCCUCCACCGGGCAGCAGUGCAGCUCAGCCACCCUGCUUCAGAGAGUGACCUGGGCUCAGUUUGCAGUGAUGAGAGGAGUCCCAGUCCUGGUGUGACUCUUGGCACUACUCCAGAGCUUUCAGUCCACCACCAGCUGGACUCUGUGUUGUCUCUAGCAGAGAAGGAAAUGGUGAUGAAGGUGGAAGCAGCACAAAACCCAGAGGACCUUAAGCUGUUUGCUAAAUUGUGUGUGUACUUUCGAGGGCACCACCACCUGGAGGAGAUAAUGUACCGGGCCAAUCUGCGGCGCUCCACAUUGCUGCACCUCAUUGAAAAGUUCCGGCCAGUGCUGAUCACCUGCCAACACCCGGAUGACUCCAUUACCCUCUUCUCUUACACCAAGUGAUACUGAAUGUUAUUAGUGUUCAGUCUAUUACAAGCACAUCUUAUCAGUCAAAAAAUCAAAUCCCUUUAUUUUCCACUUUUUCUUUUGUUGUCCUAUAUCUGAUAUUUUCAAGGUAUUUGUUGGUAAAGUGCAUUUAUUUUAAUUGAAUGGUUAGAAUUUUGCAUGUCAGUCAUUGUACAAAUUUCCUCCAUCAAGUGCUGUCUGUAGUUUGUUCUGCAAAAAAAUCCUGAAUGCAUACUAGAUACAAUUACAAAGAAAACCAAAUUAAGUAAAUGACAAGCAGCUGACUACUUAUGAAAGUAAAAAAGGAAUAAUGAUUAUGUGGUGAUUAUGGCUUGAAAUUAGCCAUCAGAUAAUUAUGUUUAUGAUAUGAAUGGUCAUGAAAUUAAUAGAUAGUUCUCAAUAGUUAUCUGUACAAUAGCGAUCCAAGAAUCACAGGUCAGUGCCACAGUGCCACUCUUCAUCACACUGAACUUUCUUCAGUUAAAAUUUGCCAUUAUCUGUGUCCACAAGAAUAUUAUAUUGGAUCAGGUUUUAGAAAUAUGCCAUGACCACCAGUUGAUGCAAGAGGAGCCCAGCUAUUUUAGCGUGCUGAAAGAUGGCUGCCAUCAAUUAAACCAAUCUUGUUAAAAACUUUGUUCCUAAAACAUGUAUGGUAUACUUUAGAAGCACCAAAGUAACAUUCAGAGCAGGUUAUAUGAAGCUACAAGGAGAAGCAGGUGAUAAUAGCUUGUCUAUGCCAGAAAUGACUAUACCUUUUGGUAUACAUAUUUGUAUGCCUAUUCGUCUUUAUUGUUUUUAUGCUGUUUAUUAGUUAACCUGAUAUGUUUGCCAUGUUGUUAUAGUAAUGUGUGCUGUGUUUUUAUAUUUUACCAAAGAAAAGUAUUGUGAUACUUAACUGAAAUGUCUGGAGCUGGACUCAUCUCUUAGUGCAAAGAAAUACAUGUACUGUAUUUCAUGGAGAAAAUAUGCAAUGCCUUUGCAUUUAUCAGUGAUUGUUGCUGUAUACAUGGAGUGUAUCACUUGUAAAAGUGAGGACUCUAUUGUAUGCUGUAUAUGUUUAUCUACGAUAGAUAUUUAUAUUAAAACAGUAUAUGUAUAUUUGUAAACUUGGAAUAUAAAUAUAUUUAUUAUCAA